CCCACACCAAAACAAAGCAGCAACCACGACCUCCCAACAAACCUCACCUUGACUCACACCAUGCAUUGCAUCGAGUGCGGGCAUCCCCUCCCCGCCAACCGUACUCCUUCCACCAUCUGCAGCAAAUGCAAAACUCCUCUCGCGACCUGGUGGGACGAAACCUCGUCCACCUAUCGCACGAACCGCGAAUCCAUCCUGCCCGACUAUAAACCUCCUUACUCGAACGGACUGGGCGUCGGUAUGGCGGGUGUAGUGGUUGAUGCUGAUGAGAGAGAGAAGAUGAAGCGGAGGAGGAAUAAUCAGAGUGAGGAGGAGAGGGUGUUUAAUGCUGCGUUGGUGCUGUUAGAGGGGCAUUUUGAGAGGCCGAAGAAGACGUAUCUGGUUAAGACGAUGGGGGAGGUCAAGAAGAUGGUGGGGAAGACGUUGGAUUUGAGCUUGAAUAGAGCGGAGGUUAGGGAAAAGCUUGCGAAGAACGUCGAUAUCUGGAUGCACCUGCAGAAGAUCUUUAACUUGGCAGUCGGCUCUCUAGACGAACGAUCGUUACCUCAAUCUCCUCCUUCAGAGAGUGCCAGUCAAGACGUGCCCGAUCCUGCUAAUCUGAUACUGGCGUCGUACGACUCGCUGAGGGAGGACCUACAUUAUUUGAAUAGCCUGCUAGUGAUUAGUAGGAACAUGCUGGCAAUCAAGGAAACAGCACAGGAGCUUUGCGCAGCAGUACAGUUCGACAAGGCAGUGCAGAAGCUUAUUGUGCUCUGUGUCAAUGUCACUAGCAAGGGUUAUGAUGGGGAGACGGUAGAUGAGGCAAGGAGGGGAAAGUUGAACGAGAUCACAGAGCUUUACAAGAAGCUCUUAGUUACGUGCCUGCAGCAUACGCAUAAUUGGACUAUGGGAAACGAUCGAUUCAAGAUGUCCUUUUGGUUCGAGAUGCUGUUCGACGAUGAUUUGAAAAACGACGCUAUCCAUGAGCUACCUCCAGACGACCUGGAUGUUGUGAAGGUACACGAAGAAGUUAGAAACUGGUUGAGGAGGCACAACAAGAAGGAUCCUGCAGCUGCGAAGCUCCUCGAUGCUUAUACUUCUGAGGUCUCUACUGGUUACACCCCCGGUCAGCUACCUGAGAGCGAGUUCGAUGAUAUACCUGAGAUUGCGGAGGAGUCUACGCCUGUGUGGAAGCCAGACCUUGCAGAUAAAAAAUUUGAGCAAGAUAGACUCUAUGCAAGAGUCUCUCACGAGAUAGACAUCUGGUGGAAGAAAGUCCGAGACGCAAAUUUCGAUGGCUGGAUCGUGCCAAUGGAGACCGUUGAGGGUGCAGAGGCCCGCGCGAGAGCAUGCAAAGACAAUGCCAUGCACCGAUAUAUGCCUCGAAGUCAAGAUCACGACCAUUAUGAGCAAGAGGAGCAAUACGAUCACCAGCCUGAGAAUGAUAUUGUGGUCCCUGACGAUAUGGAUGAUCGAUCGAUUCAAGACGACAAUGGAGAGGAUGAGGAAGAUGAGGAAGAAGAUGACGAUUCUUAUGUCGAAGGUCCGUUACGAGGAUUAUUGACGGAGAUACCCAAUAUCUUGGACACAAAGCAGAUUGAAGCUUUACACAUGACUGUCAAAGCCUGUAUCGUGGACUCAAUGGGCUCUGGUCUUACCCAAGCAGGCGAAAACCUGCAAAAGACAAGAUGCAAGAUGUUCUUGGCACUCGAUUGCGGAAAAAAUCUGCUUCGAGAAUUGUUGGUCUUCAUUGCAGUCUGGGAACAGACAGACCAACAGUUCAUUUUCCAGAUCACUGCUCAAAUCAUCGAGUCAUUUCAUCACAAUGCGCUACUACCGUACGCUUGGAAUUCUCUCCGAAUUCUCAAGGAUAUCGUGUCUCCGGCUCAGACUGUUCUCCUGCGUCUGAUCAACUACAUGUUCCGUGCUCGCAAAGAUAGUCCAAUAUAUGACGAUGUCAAGGACUACAACCGCGAUGCUAAGCUGAUUCACUUUCUCUACAACUAUUUUAGGUGUCGAGUAGUACCAGAUUGUCUGGCUUUGAUCGAUGCACAAACUCAGAUCAAGGAGAAAAAGAAGCAUCACAGCGACUUUCCUGUCGAUUUAUGGGACAUGGAACGAGCUAAGGACGGGCUUUCCCAGUACCUAGACUUCAUCUCGGUGAUUGCUGAGAUCCCAGAAAUGCGGCAUCUCCUCAUAGAGUGGGAGACAGUCUAUGAAAUGGUAGCUUUGCUCCAAGCCUUGGAAGCUGGAGUGGCAAAAAAGCAACUGGUCCCGGCUCCCAUGCCAGGUCCAGCUCGACGUCCUGGUCAAGCAGCUGAUCCUUCCAAUGGUAAAACUGGUUCACAUGCAUCGCCUAACGCACCGCCUCUGCACGAUACACCUCAUCUGUUCCCGUGGUCAGGAAUCAAGAUCCAAAUUCUCAUCAUCCUGACUUCACUCAUCGCACCUACCCAUGCACGACGCGAAGGAGCUGUUAAUCCAGUCCCGCAAAGCAAGCUCGGCAACCCGAUCGUGCAAAAGCAGCUGCUGGCUCACCAUGGAAUCAUGCCUUUGCUCAACUGCUGCGUCUAUGAUGGCCAUAACGAGUACUUGAAAGAGCGCGCUACGCUGGUCAUCAAGUUUCUCAUGGAUGGCUGCAAGGAGGCUCAGGAUUUUGUCAAGGAGUUGGUACCAGUCAAACAAGCCCAGCAACAGGCUCAACAACAAGCUGCUGCUAGACUGCAAGCGGAAGGCAGACAGAACGCCAGAGGAGUUAAGCAGAAUAGAAGUGCGAGUAUUAGUGGAGCUUCUGCUGAAUUGGAGGCUAAGAGACAGGAGCUGGAAAAGAACAUGAAGGCGAUGCGAAUCAGAGAAGAUAUCGCAAGUGCCUUAGAUGCAGGGCUCGAUACAAGCCUGGAGGUCGGGGAGGGGAGCGGUGAGAACAAAACCGUGAAGAAAUAAUCUCGACUCAAAACGGAUGAGGAUGCAUUAACGCGGUGUUACUUUGGAUGAAUAGAUAGAUACCCUUGGAGAUAGUAGCAUAGGUAGCAAUGGGAACGACGACGGCGCAGC